AUGAGUGUUGCCGAGCUGGCCAAGCUUGGCCUGGGCUUGCUACGCCGGGCCGAGGAAGAUGGCGACACCGGAGACGAAGACUCUGCGCAAAAGGAAUUCUUUGCAGCAUGGGCCAUCUUCAUCUGCAUCCUCCUGCUCAUCAUCACCUUCUUCAUCAGCUACAUCAUGCAAAUGAAAAAGGUCACGGCCAUUCACGAGACGGUUAUAUCAAUCUUUGCUGGCAUGAUUGUCGGUCUCGUCCUCCUCAUCACAUCUGGCGACUCGAUCCGAUCACCCCUCAACUUUGACUACCAAAUCUUCUUUAACCUGCUGCUGCCGCCCAUCAUCCUCUCCUCUGGCUACGAGCUGCACCAAGCCAACUUUUUCCGCAACAUUGGCACCAUUCUCACGUUUGCCUUUGCCGGCACUUUCUUAUCCGCCGUCGUCAUCGGCCUCAUCCUCUGGCUGUACUCGCAGAUUCCCGGCUCCAUCAACAUGACCUUUGUCGACGCCAUCUCGGUCGGCGCGACCCUCUCGGCCACAGACCCCGUCACCAUCCUCGCCAUCUUCAACACCUACAAGGUCGAUCCCAAGCUCUACACCAUCAUCUUUGGCGAGUCCAUCCUCAACGACGCCAUUGCCAUUGUCAUCUUUGAGACGGCGCAGCGGUACAAAAAGGGCGAGUCCACUAGCCACGGUAUAAUCAGCUUCUUUGAAGGUACCGGCAUCUUCUUGCUAGUUUUCUUUAGCUCCCUGAUGAUUGGUGUCAUUGCUGGUGUCGGCACCGCCCUGCUCCUCAAAUUUACCUAUGUUCGCCGCUUCCCCAAGACGGAGAGCUGUGUCAUUAUCCUCAUUGCCUACGGAACAUACUUCUUUUCUCACGGCGUUCACCUCUCUGGUAUUGUGUCGCUCCUCUUCUGCGGCAUCACGCUCAAGCACUACGCCUACUUCAACAUGUCGCGCCGCACCCAGCUCACCACAAAGUACAUCUUCCAAGUCAUGUCGCAGCUCGUUGAAAACUUCAUCUUCAUCUACCUCGGCCUCGCCCUCUUCACUGAGAGCGCUCUGCAGUUCCAGCCGCCCCUCAUCAUCGUCACCGUCUGCGCCGUCUGCGCCGCCCGCUGGGUUGCCGUCUUCCCCCUCUCAAAGCUCAUCAACGCCGUCAUCCGGUACCGCGCUCGCCGCCGCGGCCUUGAGGUCCGCGACGAGCUGCCAUACAACUACCAGGCCAUGCUCUUCUGGGCCGGCCUCCGCGGCGCCGUCGGAGUCGCCCUCGCCGCCCUCCUCACCGGCGAAAACGCCCUCGCCCUGCGCGCCACCGUGCUCGUCGUUGUCGUCCUCACCGUCAUCAUCUUUGGUGGCACCACGGCCCGCAUGCUCGAGAUCCUCGGCAUCCGCACCGGUGUCGUCGAGGAAAUCGACAGCGACGACGAGUUUGACAUUGAAACCUCCCUUGGCGCCGGCCUCCACGGCAAGAGGACCUCCAGCUUCGCCGGCCGCCGCAACGGCAACGUAGCCCUCAGUAACCUUGAGCGCGAGGGCCGCGGCUCCGCCGCCUUUGUCUCUGGCCACGCGUCGCUGCAUAUCGAUGGCACCGGCCGCACGCGCAGCAUUAGUCGCAAGAACUCAACCCGCGGCGGCAACGGCGCCGCCAACCCAGACGACUUUGAGCGCGCUGAACUCCUCGGCCGCACCGACGAGUCGGACCUCGGCAGCGACAUUGACACGUCGGACCUGCCGCCCCCCGCGCGCCGCUCACCCCGCCGCAACGGCUCGUCGUCGGCAUCGUUGACGCCCCCAUCUCCCCCAAGCGCCUUUAUGAGCCCCGCCGAGCCCCCCGCCGAGCCCUUGACCGCUAGAGGCGCGAUCAGGCAGCUGCUCACCACCGAGGACCCGGCGAGCCUGUUCCGGCAGCUCGAUGAGGACUUUAUCAAGCCGCAUCUGCUGCUGCAAGAUGACGGCGGGCGGUCUCGAUCCGGACACGGCGGUGGUAGUGCAGUAUGA